UAAUGAAGGAGGAGUCACCAGUUGUCGGCGCUUUGUUAACAGGAAGGACAUUUGACAUUGGACCUUAAUUCAUUACCGUGUGCAGAACUUUAUCCUAGAAUCAUGACAGGGGAGACGACCAGAGUGCUGUAAGUUCGGCUGGAGACAGCAAAGCGUGCUUGUACACAAGACUCCACUGUUAGCGCUGGUAGUGACACACUCUCAUAACAUUACUGUGGAUCUAAACAACAGCUACAGCUCUUCCUCCUCGUUCAGUGUUGUGAACUGCAUCGUGGUGAUGGGACGCAGUCGACAGGCUGGUUGCGCUGCGUUUUUGAGGUUGUGUUUGCAUCACAUGGCUCUGCUCCGAAGACGCCCACAUCCUGGCUCCUCGCUCCAAACAACCAGGUCCUUCAGUUCACUCAGGGAAGGUAAGCGUAGAGGGCUGUUUUGGAAGACCCUUGCUGGCAUCUCUGUUGGUGUACCUGUGGUAGUGGGUGUCCAGUAUGCUGUAUCAGCACCAAGAGAGAGAAGGAGGAUGAGGAUUGUGAUUGAAGGAUUUGGUCGCUUGUGCAGAUCUCUUUCUGUGGGAAUAUUUAUCUCUGUGGAUUACUGGUGGACCACCCAUGUAGCAGUUCGUGGUCUAGAUGAGAGCAGUCCAUCCUACUUGGCUGAGAUGUCAUCCUGCCACCAGAGGGCAGCAGACUGCAUCGUGGAAGGAGCCCUCAGGAACGGUGGAAUAUACAUCAAACUUGGACAAGGUCUGUGUUCCUUCAACCACCUCUUGCCUCCCGAGUACAUCAACACCUUGCGAGUACUGGAAGACAAGGCCUUGAACAGGAGGUACAAAGAGGUGGAUGCUCUUUUCCAAGAAGACUUCAACAAAGCCCCAGAACAACUUUUUAAAACAUUUGAUUAUGAACCCAUCGCUGCCGCGAGCUUGGCUCAGGUUCAUAAGGCGGAACUGUUAGAUGGGACUCCCGUCGCUGUGAAAGUGCAGUACAUUGACCUCAGGGAUCGCUUUGAAGGCGAUAUCAGAACAUUAGAGAUCCUGCUGGACAUUGUUAAGUUCAUGCACCCCAGCUUUGGAUUUCGAUGGGUUCUUAAGGACUUGAAGGGUACACUCGCUCAAGAACUGGACUUUGAGAACGAGGCCAGGAAUUCUGAGAGGUGUGCAGAGGAGCUGAAACACUUCAGUUUUGUUCAUGUUCCCAAAGUCUUCUGGGAGGAAACAAGUAAGAGAGUGUUGACAGCAGAGUUUUGCGAUGGCUGCAAAAUCAACAAUGUGGAAGAAAUCAAAAGACAAGGAUUAAGUUUGAAAGAUACUGCAGAUAAAUUGAUCCGAAUAUUUGCUGAGCAAAUAUUCUACACUGGUUUCAUCCAUGCUGACCCUCAUCCUGGAAAUGUUCUUGUGAGACGAGGUCCUGAUAACAAGGCAGAGUUGGUGCUCUUAGACCACGGCUUGUACGAAUACCUCAGUCAAAGUGACAGAGUGGCCCUUUGUAAACUGUGGAGGUCCAUAGUCCUGAGAGAUGAGGCCGCAAUGGAAAAGUAUUCCAAUGCACUUGGUGUCAAAGAGUACUUCCUCUUCUGUGAGAUGUUACUGCAGCGACCCAUCAACAUGCGGGAGCUGGGUCUGUCCAACAUCUUGAGUCGAGAGGAAACAGCCUACAUGCGUGACAUGGCCAGAGAGCGCUUCGAAAGCAUCAUGCAGGUGCUGAAGUCGAUGCCUCGGCCCAUGCUGCUCGUCUUCCGGAACAUCAACACGGUCCGAAGCAUCAACAUCGCCCUGGGAGCACCGGUGGACCGCUACUUUGCUAUGGCCAAGAGUGCGGUGCGAGGGUGGGGCAAGAUUCAGGCAGAGAGGACAGGGAUGCUACCCCAGCUCUGGGUGUUCCGCUGGGCGAGGACAACAUGGGAGAGCCUCAAGUUUGAACUGGCUUUGAGAUGGGAGAUGGCAGCGAUGAGUGUGACGCGUUCGUUCCUGAGCCUUCUGUCGUACUUCGGACUCAUAUCUGUGGACGCAGACAUGUAUGAGUACCUGAGCUAAUGCAUACAUCUCGCAUGACGAAGGAACAGUGACAAUAAGGAGUUAGUUCUUAUGAUCCAACGGCAGGGAGCCUUUCACUACUGUAGCAGCUCCGAAAGCUGCUCCGAAAGCUACUCGUAAUGGUGCUGCUUGAGUCUAGGCACUGUUUCCAUACCAAAUUAUCCUCAGCUCUGGUGGCAGACAGGACUUCUUCCAAGCAGGUGAAAAUGUGUGUGUAGAACUGCAGGACUGUAAAGCCCAAAACACACUCCAGACUUCCUAUUAUUUUUAAUUAAAUUAAUUAUUCUUAUUGUUUUUUUUGUGUAAUCUUAAGUACAGAAAAUUGUUUUGAAAUUCAAAUUUGAGAUAUUUUAAGCUGUGGUGUUUUAAAGAAACUGGUGACAUUAAUUCUGAGAAAAUUGUUUUCAGCAGCCUGGCUCAUAGAUACAUAUGGGGUAGUUUACUGUUUUCUACAAGUAAUGUGCAACUACUGUACCUCUGCUAUAAAACAAGCAACACACCAGUUAGUCUGGCAAAUGUUGUAACACAAGAAUGGAUGUCUGUGUUGGAUUAACCUUUUGUGCUGACUGUUAACUUGGAUGAAAACUAUGCUGUGUGUGUCUUGGUUUCCUGAGCGCAGCGGGUAUUGCAAUCAGUACACUCGUUGCAGGUUAAAAGAACAAUCCAGCACCUUCUCACCAAAUGUUUUUAAAUUAAUUUAGCAUGUUAAUAAAAUGUUCUACCUCCUUUUAAG